CUUUUCAACUUUUUAAAUAAUAUAUCAUCCAAAAUCACUUCAAAUUUGCUGUUCUCUUCACAAUUAUAAUCAUCCUUCAUAAUCAACCAACCGCCACCACCAACCAAUAUCUAUCCAAAGCAAUGACUACCGCAAAUCCCAACAAUCGUGCCUCUCUUCUUGCUGGUCUCCGCACUGGCGGUGUUCGCACCACUUCACUCAAUGUUCCUCACACCGCUGCUCCCACGGGCGCUUUCACCAUCCCUCGCUUUGUUUCCCAACAUCAGAACAGUAUCGAAGAGGAGGACCUGUACCAGGAGUUGCCUCAGCACACACCUUAUUCUAAUAGGUCUGUUUCUUUGACCGCCGCCGUCGAUGGGCCAAACAAUCGCUUCUCCCAUCAGCAGCAGGCUAGAGGCAUGAACCCCAACAGCGUCCCUUUCACCCCCUCUUACCCCCACAUGAUGCCCCAAGCUCAGCUUGUUCAGCAAAACCAGGCUAUGCAGAUGCAAAUGCUUCAGUUAGAGAUGAUGAGGAUCCAGGCACUUCAAGCGCAGCAAUAUCAGGCAGAACUACUCGCUCAAGCUCAGAUCCAGCAGCAGCAACAGCAGGCGCAAUCUCAGGUUCGUGAGAGGCGCACCAGCUUCAACCCACCUGCCACUGCUGGUCCAAUGACAAACUCGUUCGAUUUGCGAGCAGCCACCCUCAGCGCUCAGAUGCGCCGCGCCAAUCAAGCAGACCAACUCAGGUCCCAACUCGGAGUGGCAGGAGGCUCUGAUGAUCAUGUUCCGAUGACCGCCGCUUUGGGUGGAAGAUUCGGCAGCCGCACAACCAGCCUCAAUGGCAUGCCUCGCUUUGAAGAGCGCGAAGAACACCCUGCCCCACCCCCAACUCCUCAUUCGACCACCGUCAUUAGCGGCGGUACUUCUCUUGGGAACUUGGCCUCCAGCAACACCUACACCGCGGGCGUUCCUUCCAAGUCUGACUCUGCCUCUUCUUGGAGGAGGGGCGGUAACAACAAUUCCGUCCUUAGCGGUAACCGCACCGUCUCUUCUCCCAGUGUCAGAGUGACCCCUCCGAGCGAGAAUCAGAGGACUUCUCCACUUCCCUUCUCCCCACUUUCAACCUCGGGUCCCAAAUUCCGGCCUCAGCCACUCCGUUUCAGCUCCGUCGUAUCGCAAUCCUUACCGGCUGUCACCAUUGACACGACGGAUGACGAGACGGAUCGGGAUAGCCAGUCCUCUGGAUCAUCCGUCAAGUCUGCUUCCUCUCCUACCACGCCCCGCUCUGCCUCGUCCAACGAAAUGCCACUCUCGCCGCGCGAAGAGGCCUCCAAGAAGUUGUACGAAGGACUCGGUAUCGGUCGACCCGUGUCUGCCAGCCCUUCUGAUCAAAUUCAAUACUACCCGACCGUAUCCGUUGCAAGCCACAGGAUGGUUAGCCAACCAACAAGGCAGCCCCGAGGGCCACCUUCGGGAUCAGAUGAGCUUGGUCCCAAGAACUUUGCCACACGCAUCAGGAGAAAGGCCAUCGGCGGUCUGGGCAUGUUGAUGGAUGCAAGGGAGAGGCGGGAGUUUGUUGAAGCCUAUUGAGAUUCGCACGCACAUACACCCAUUUCCUUACGACAAACUGCCUUUUUACCACCAUUUUCUUCUUCCCCUAACCUACAGAUUUGGCUUAUAUAUUCGGUCGGCUGGCUGGACGCUUUUCAGAAGAUUGUCGGAUGAUGACACAAAUCUGUGCGCGAGACUGGGUCUUCUGUUUCCCCCUCUUUUGUGAUACUCAUUUUUCAAACCCGCAUUCUUUUGCACAUCGGUUAUCCUUCUACACUGUAACACCCCCACCGUCAUUGCACGGGUAACUUUACCAUUCCUCUUCCACACCCUUUUCACUUUUUCUACACAUUCCUUCACCUUGUCCUUCUUCCCGAUUCCUGCGGUGAGGGAUUUGAAAGGACUUAGCUUUCCAUGUAUAUAUUCCCAAGGCAGCCCCUCCCUUCAUUUUUUUGUGCUUGCACCACCCUGAUCUUACUGUCCGACACCCUCCAGCAACUUUUUCUUUUUUUUUCACGUUGGAAAAAUGGGCUUCCUCAGUCGGCAGGAGGAUGGUAAUACAUAGCUGGCUGUCUUAUCCGCUCUUGGGAAGGGCUGCGCUACUCCCUUGGUCGGAAUUCUACCGUUGCAUAUACAUUGUUGUGUUUUGUACCCAAAUGAAAUUACAAUCUUGCAUUUC